GCAGCAGUUCCAUUGAUACUUUUCUUUGGUUGUCUUUCACUUCAUUCUCAUUCAAGGCUCAGCCACAUAUCCAUACCGUGUUUGUUUACAUACAUACGAAGAGUGGAAAGGGGUCAAGCAGAGAGAGGUCACUGUUGCUUUAUGGAGUAUAUCUUGACAUCACCACUGGAGUUUACCGAGACUCAGACAGCUCCCAAGGAUGUAUUUACAGCACCGAAUGGAAUUCACUUUGAGAUAGUUGUUGUUGUCACCACAAAGCCAUUGAUUGACCUUGCAAAAGCGCAAGACAAAACAUAAAUCUCCCUGCUGAGACCAGGAGAAGCGAGGAUAUCAAUCUGGAUCAAUGUCUUAAAAAGGGUCGUCGUUCUGGGCCUCCCCUGAAACUUGUCCACCGCCUUUCUUUGCACCCCACUGUGUGGGCUGAGAGCCAACGAAUCCCCCACCGAUGCUUGACUACGACAAAACAAAACCGCCCCUCUUAGUCUUCAUUGUUGCUGUUCUUUUUGCUACUCCCACCUAAAUCCUUGUAGGGUCAAAAUAGACUUAAUUUUGUUUGUGGAUUCCCGUUGACGCUGCCCCCUACCGACACAAUGUCCGAGCAGGAUGAUCUCGUUGCCUCCAAGACCGAGGGUUUCAAGGUCGGAGAGAAGAAGACAAUCAAUGAGUACACUGAGCUUGAUAAGAAUGACGAAUCCCUAAACCGCUGGAAGGCCUCCCUAGGUCUUGCAACCGGUGCACCAAUUGGAGACCCCAACGAUCCCCGAAAGUGCAUUAUCAAGUCUCUCGCCCUGGAGGUUGAGGGACGGUCCGAUGUGGUCAUUGACGUGUCCGCGCCCGGUGCAGUUGAUACUCUCAAGGACAAGCCAUUCACCAUCAAGGAGGGUGCCCACUUCCGGAUCAAGGUCGUCUUCCAGGUGCACCAUGAGGUCCUGAGCGGUCUGAAGUACCUGCAGGUCGUUAAGAGGAAGGGUAUUCGAGUUAGCAAGGACGAAGAGAUGCUGGGCAGCUAUGCCCCCAACACCACCGACAAGCCCGUCUACGAGAAGAAGUUCCACGCGGAAGAGGCCCCCUCCGGAAUGAUCGCUCGGGGCCAUUACAACGCGGUUUCGAAAUUCGUGGAUGACGACGACCACACCCACCUGCAGUUCGAGUGGUCGUUUGAUAUCGCGAAGGAUUGGUAGAUUUGACGGUUCCCGGAUGAACUACGACUCUGUCAUGACCAGCAUUCUUUGAAAUUUGCAAGCGUUGUACGGAACUGCGUUCUUGGAAUUUUUGACCUUCUCUCAGAGCUACACCCCCAUGAGACACUUCUUGGGUUGUUGUAUAUAGGUCCUAAUAAUUGGAUCCCGUUUCUCGAAGUGUUCCAGACAUACAAAUACCACAUAGAUAGAUAUAUAUAGUCCUGUGUGUUCAUUUGCUGGUAGUCUUCACCGCUAUCUGAACGCAAUGCUGUCUAUAAAAUGCUUUGCCCAUCAUCUACCAAACUCCAAACAA